AGGUAUUAAUAGAAAAGGUUUUGACAGAGAGAAAUUAUGGUGAUUUUGAGUUCUGAAGAAUAUGAGGGAGUGAUGAUUAGCUAUCAGUACCAACCACUAAACCCCACAACAACCACCAAGCAUUAAUCUUCAAAUGCAAGCCAUUAUUGCUCCAAGCCUUGGAUCUCACUUAACCAAGUCUAUGAAUGGCAAAGAGUGGAUCUUGGACUCGGAUAUGGCCAUCUUUUGUCAGGCUAUGUCUUCUGAAUCUUGUCUUGAAUUUCAAAAUCACAGCAUUGGCUGAUGACACUGGAACUGUUGCUGCUACGACAGAAAACACCUGCAAGAACACAAAUUAUCAAACUUUCCUCCCUCCACCGUACCAGAAUAUCUCCCACAUGAUAUGCACACCUGUAUGGCAUACCUUUGAAUUGAGGUACAUCCUGAAUGGUGAUACCACAACUAUGAUACUAUCUGCUCCCUACACUAUAGGGUGGGUAGGAAUUGGAUUUUCCAGAGAUGGCAUGAUGGUUGGUUCCAGUGCAAUGGUUGGAUGGAUUAGUAAACAUGGUCAUGCAAAAAUAAAGCAAUUUUACCUAAGAGGAAGGAGGCAAUCAGAAGUCAUAAUAGACAAAGGGGAACUUCCCCUCAAUAAUGUCCCUGCAGCUGUGGCCACUAAUGGGGCUGAAAUUCAUUUGGCAUUUCAGUUGCAGACCACAACCCCAUUUCAGAAACAGCCAAUUCUGUUGGCCUUUGGCAGUAAAUAUCCACAGAACCACCACCUCUCCAACCAUGAAGACAAAACAGCAAUUGUGUUUGAUUUCUCUGCAGGUUCUACGGGUCCUGUAUCCCAUGAAUUGACUCAGAUGAGAACGAAUCAUGGAAUUUUGGGCAUAAUAGGGUGGGGUCUGAUCCUGCCUGUAGGGGCAAUUAUUGCUAGAUAUUUCAGGCACAAGGAUCCCUUAUGGCUCUAUCUCCAUGCAAUCAUUCAGUUUGUGGGAUUCACAUUUGGGCUUAGUACAGUCAUUCUUGGAUUACAACUCUAUUCCAAAAUGCAUGCCCAUAUACAAGCUCACAGAGGCAUAGGCAUCUUUGCUCUCGUACUGAGUAUUCUUCAGAUUUUUGCAUUGAUCUUAAGACCAAAGAAGGAUUCCAAGAUCCGAAAAAUUUGGAAUUUGUACCACGGUUGGUUUGGAAGGUUGGCACUCAUAUUUGCGGCCAUUAACAUAGUGCUGGGGAUGCAAGCUGCUGGGGCAGGAAGUGAUUGGAAGAUAGGCUAUGGGUUCCUUUUUGGUAUUAUGGUUACUGCAGCAAUUGUUCUUGAAGUAUUGGCUUAUUUAAAAAGAUCAGAGAUGCGUUCUCUACCUCCUAACUUUCAAAUAGACCCUGUUGGAGGACCUACAUUUCCAAGGGGAAUGUGAUUGCUACUAGUUUUACAGUUCCACAAACGUUGUCAAUUGUUCCAUUUAAAGCAGGCCAUACAUUUGAAUUCUUUUUGGCAUGUUACUUGUUUCUGGUUGUGCUUUUCCUGGUGUACAUAUUGAGGGAAAUGCGUACAUAACCAGCUACGAGUUUGCCAAGUUGGACAAUCCCUGUUUGGUAUUCUCACUCAAUUUCACCAGAUUGAAGUUUUUCUGUUUUUUUAUUCAUUCUUAGUCAAAUUUCUUUUAAAGAUUGCCAAGAAUGUAAAUGACGAUUCAUAAGAGCUUUCUAUUUACAGUUAGAUUUUAUAAUUCGUAA